AAAGUCGGAAGAUGGCGGAAGGUGGAGGGGAAGAAGAAAACCCCUUUUCUUUCAAGAAGUUUGUGUCUAAAACAGAUAAAAAGGAAAAUGACAAUAAUGACAACAGUAACGACGAUUUUGAAGUUGAUUCACUUCCCGAUAUCAGCUUAUCGAGCCAAAUCAAAGAAAAGGCGCCUGUCGUGAAAGAAGAACAAAGCACCAAACCAAAGAAAAAGGGUGGAGAUGAAAAUCCAUUUUCAUUCAAGCGUUUUCUGGAAUCCAGCAGUAAUACUAAUGGAGCAAGACCAAAAUCUGUUGGUAACAGGUCAAGUACUAGUCCGCCUGUCCCACGACGUGCUGUUGAUGGCAGCCCCAGUUUAUCAAGGAACACACCAGACUUUGCCAGUGACUUGCCAGAUUUUGUCCAGGACCAUUUCAGUGAUUUAGAAAGAGAAAGAUUGGGGUCAAGGGAUGUAGAACUACCAGAUUUUGCCCUGAAUCAAUUUUCAAAUUCCAAUGACGGCAUGGGAGAUGUAGUGCCCCCCUCCCAUCAGUUGGGAGGGGGUAGUAUGAGUCGUACCUCUAGUCAUGGUAGAGUCACCCCACAGGGGGAUGGUGGAAUGGACAAUAUAAACGACCUUGUGCAAGAUAGGUCGUCUCAAAUUCCCACAAGUUUGCCAGAUUUUUUGUCAGAUGGAGUUUUCAACAGUUCGGACAGUAUACACAACAGUGGAGAGUUAACGUACCAUCCAAGUUCGUGUAAUAAUCAUGGUGUUUCAUCUGUGCGAGAGGGUGUGGCAUCACUAGAAAUAAAUGGAGAUUUUGAACUGGAACUAAGAAGGUAUCGAGAAGAAAAUAAUUUGCUACGCCAGCAGUUGGCUGAGGCACGGCAGGAAGCUGUGCUGGAGACCCAGAGGUGCCAUAAGAUGAAGAAAGACAUGGAGAUUUUACAGAAAAAAGAGGCAGAAGAUACGGCAGCACUGGAGAGAAUAGUUCAACAGGUGGAGGCUAACCUUAUCACAACUACGCAAAGAGCUGUGAAAGCGGAGAAUACUGUGACACGACUCCAAACAGAGGUGAAAACAUUACAGGGUCGGUUAACCAAUAUGCGGACAGAGAAUGAGGUACUAACAUCAGGAGAUCGGGGACUGGCAGAAAUUAGACAGAGGACCACUCAUGUUUCCAAGCAGUUAUCUACAGCAGCCUCAGGUGCCGAACAAAACAUCAGGCAAUUGUUACAGGGAGUAGAGAGUCUCCGGCAGUUCUCACAAAUAUUGUCAUCUGUUGAGAAAAUCACAGAGGAACCCGUUGAACAGCCAGAACCUAGUAGCCAACCACAGCAAAGUAAACCCAGCCAUAGCCAAUCAGACAAAAGUGAAAGUAACAAACCAGAAAAGAAAAAAAGUGGCCAAUCACAGCACAGAAAAUCCAAGCCGACAGAGGAGGAAGAUAACCAACAGAAAGAUUCCGUAAAGCAUGAAAAAGACAGAGACCAAGACGUAACAUGACUAUGACUUAUGUUGUGACGGCGAGUGAUGUGCCAGUGUAUCGGCAGAUUAUUUUUAUACAAGGAAGACAUGCCACACUGGAUUGCUGAUUUAAUAGUGUACUUAAUGCUUAAUGUUAUUUCAGGCGACGAGCCUGAAAUGUUUUGGUCAGAAAUCUUCGAUUAGUUUUGUUCUUUAACAUUCAUAAUCCUCUUAAUUAUAAGUUUGGAAGAGUAAUUCUUUUAAGGCAAGUUGUUAUUUUGCUGAACAUGGAGUUGGUGAUUGUCUGUGAUUUUCAAAUUGUGCUUUUUAAAAAAAAAUGCUCAUUGGAUUGACUGUGCUGCAUUAAAUGUUGUGGAAAAUAUAAACAAAAAUAAGGGAGAUAAUUCAUCUGGCCAUAAAUCAUGUUCCUUAAUAAAAAAGUUUGCUGUGAAUUUAUCACAGCAGGUUUGUAUGUCAAACAUUUGUAUCUUGGGUGUUGUACCAGCCGAUGGCAAAAGACAUUUUAUGUGAAUAGUAGAUCAAUACAUAUAAUAGUAAAUUAUCAACCCAACAUGAGAUUAAACUAAUUAGUGCUCCCUGAUCAUGAUCACCAUUUAUGCUAUUUAUUGUGAUAAUAAUAUUUAAAAGCAAAUGUAAGGAAAGUGAAUUAAAUCUGUACUGAUUAGAAAGUCUGGGCCUAGUUGUUCAGAAGGUGAUUAGCUUAAUCAGUGAUUAGCACAUAUUUUAUUUUUGUGUAUCUUUCGAGCACAACCAUUAAAUGAGUUAAAAUUGUCCAGAUUCCCCGGUAGUAAAUAUUGAAGUAGAGUUAAGUUUCUUGCAAAUUCUUUUUUACCUUGUAUACUGACCUGAUUAUAAGAGGUUGACAAAUGUUGUUAAUCUGUGAUUAAGCUCAUUAACCUCUGGAACAACUGGGCCCGGAUGGUUAUAUUAUAAAUCUUUUCGUCACACUGUUUGCUAAGUUUGAGUAAAGUAGAGAAGUAAGUAAGGUACCACAGGCCUUCGAUGUAAGGAAUUGUUAAAGGGUAAAUUAUCUUGAAAAAUGGUGUAAGUAAUUAAACAUGAAGUACUAGAUGUAUAAUGAUCAAAUUUUGUUCAGUCAAACUGUCACAGUAUUGCUUCACAGUCAAUAGGAGACAGUCUUAACCAACACACCUUUUGGGAUCAAUAGUUCAUUCAUUUCAUAAUUUUUCAAAAUUAAUAUAGCAAAAAAAUAAUUGAAGUAAACCUCAAUGCUACAGACUGUAUUGAAGUUGGACUGUAGAACAGAUGUUAUGAUAAAUGUAUGUGUAAGAUUUAGACAUCACACUGACCCUCCUGUCUGUGUUGUUUCUUAUAGUGACGGUUACACUUGUGGCUUUCAUUUUAGGAAGGAAUCAAAAGAUAUGCAUUAUUUAGAAGAAAAAAAUAAUUCUUAUUAGCAAGUAAAAAAAAUACUUCAUGUACAUGUUUAUCAAAACACUAUCACUGCAAAUGAUUUAUGGACUAUAGAAAAUAGCAUUACAUUUCCUGAUUUAUGGACUAUAGAAAAUAGAAUUACAUUUCCUGAUUUAUGGACUAUAGAAAAUAGAAUUACAUUUCUAGAUACAGGUAUUUAUAACACUUAACGGUAAUAGAAAUUGAACAAUACUACCAGAUCAUAAUUCCUCCGUACUCAGUUACAUGUAUAUGCAUGCAAAGGAUAGCAAAACUUACAGAAUAUUGACUGUUGCAAAGAAGUGUGUGCAUCUGGGUAUAUAUUUUAGUAAUUUCGAAAGUUUCGGAAAGUCUGAAUUUGGACACCUUAUUGAUUAUAAUUUGUCCGAGUAAAGAAUUAGAAACAUAUUCUCUAUUAGGAAUACAUGUAUUCAUGGAUUUAAUGAUUAACAGAAACAUAUUCUUAAUAGUAGAUCCUGUUGAAUAUCAAAUUAAGCAAAUUUGAAAAAACUAAAGUUACCCCAUCACCUGUUUUUGAUUGAAUUGCUCCUUAUCCCUCUUGUUAUACUUAACCUGGAACAAACUCUUACAGUAAUUUACUCAUAAAAUCUAUCCAGUUUAUUUAUCAAGAUCAGCAUGUACUUGAUCAUUAUCUGUACUGUUUGCUAUAGGCUGUGCCAAUAUAUCUAACUGUACUAGUAUACCUAUGUGUCGAGUAUGUAUGCUUCAGCUAAUGGAAACCAAACACCUGUCUUUGUACUUUACAGUUUUACAGUAAGUAUAUUAUCAAGCACUUGUGAUAACUGGUAAUAUUAUUAAAUUGAAGACACUAUUUGCUAAUCCUUCCACCUUAUAUUGUUAUCUCAGUAGGUUAAAUUUAACAGGGGAGACAACUCUUUCAUCUUUAAAAAGAGCGAGAGAUCAAAAAAGUAUUUUCUCCAUACACUUAAACUCAUUCACCCCUGAAGAUACAUUUGAACUCUUCCAAUUCAAAUGAUGGAAUAUUUCAUUAAGAAAUUUCAGGGGUGAAUGAACUUAUGUCAUUUAGUGAUAUUAUAAUCUUUGGGUUAAUCUGGUAUCUUCUUCAUAGACUGUAAUCAUAUCUUUUUUUUGGGGGGGGGGGG